AUGAGUCUCCCGCACGGCGGCUCGAGGCCUAGCAGCGCCCGCCGCGCUGCAGCAGCAGCAGCAGCAGCAGCAGCAGCGGCAGCAGCAGCAUCAGCAAGGGAAACAGCAGCAGCAGCAGCAUUAAGAGAGGAAACAGCUGAAGCGGCAACAUACGGAAACCAAACAAGAGCCCCCGCAUCACUAGCAGCAGCAGCAGCAGCCGCAGCAGCAGCAGCAGCAGCAGCAGCAACGGACAUCACAGCAACAACAGCAGCAACAGAUACAACAACAGCAACAGACACAACAGCAGUAACGGAAGCAUCUACAGCAACAGAGGCAGCAGCAGCAACAGAACCAUUAGCAGCAGCACCACCACCAUAUGCAGCAGCAGCAGCAGCAGCUGCUGCUGCUGCUGCUGCUGCAUCUACAGCAACAGAGGCAGCAGCAGCAACAGAACCAUUAGCAGCAGCACCACCACCAUAUACAGCAACAGAGGCAGCAGCAGCAACAGAACCAUUAGCAGCAGCACCACCACCAUAUGCAGCAGCAGACGAUACGAGUUGCUGCUGCGGCUGCUGUCAGUUCCCCCCUCGUGAUUAUUUCUGUUCUCCUGCUGAAGCAGCACGCCGCAACAGCAGCAGCAGCAACAGCAGCAGCAGCAGCAGCAGCAGCAGCAGCAGCAGGCUCAGCCCCCUCGAGGCCCCUCCCCGGCGGUGUCUGACGCAGCAGUUUACGCGCUGCGCCUACAGCAGCCGCAGCAGCAGCAGCAGCAGCAGCAGGGCGGCACAGCAGCAGCAGCAGCUACAGCAGCAGCAGCAGCAGCAGCAGCAGCAGCAAGACCUGCUGCCGCUGCAUGCACUACUGGAGGUCAGCGGCUACUUAGUUUGUAAUCUGCUGCCGUCUGUUGUCUUUCCUUUUUGUGCUGCUGAUGCGAAGCCUUGCUGCCCCUUCCUCAGCAGCAGCAGCAGCAGCAGCAGCAGCAGCAGCAGCAGCAGCAGCAGCAUGUGCGAUUGCAUGUUGCUGCUGCAGCAGCAACGGAAUGGAUUCGCCUACAUAGCUGACCGGCUGAGGGCCCAAAGACAAGGUCUGCUGCUGCACAUGCAGCAGCAGCGACACAUCAAGCAGCAGCAGCAGCAGCAGCAGCAACAGCAGCAGCAACAGCAGCAGCAGCAGCAGCAGCAGCAGCAGCUAACACCUGCUUCUUUUUUAUCUCAGCUCCGCCGCAGCAUCCGCUUUAUGCUAUUCGCAGAGUUCUUCUGGGGCGGCGGCCUCUAUUACACUGAAGCAGCAGCAGCAGCAAACUGCUGCUGCUGCUGCUGCUGCUGCAGCAGAUGCAGCUUAUGCGGAAGACCAGCCCAGCCCCAGCAACAGCAGCAGCAGCAGCAGCAACAGCAGCACUACGGCUCAUUUGUAUCUCUAGCUUCCAACAGCAGCAGCGCAAGAGCAGCCUCCAGCAGCAGCAGCAGCAGCAGCAGCAGCAGGAACAGCAGCAGCAGCAGCAGCAGCAAACAUGCAGAGGAGGAGGCAGCGAGGAGGGCAGCUAUCUUCUCCCCCAGCCUGAACCGUCUGCUGCUGCGUGGUGCUUUUGCUGCUGCGCUGCAGCAGCUGCAGCAGGCAUCUGCUGCAGCAGCACAGCAGCAGAACCAGCAGCAGCAGCAGCAGCAGCAGCAAGGGGAGCAGCGAGAGCAGCAUUUUGCUGCUAUGCUGCAGCUGCUGCAGACAGAUGCUGCAACAAUAGAUGAGCUGCUUGCUCAGCUGCUGCUUUAUGAGUUGCUGCUGUCGCCGCUGCAGCUGCAGCAGCAGCAGCAGCAGCAGCAGCAAGUCUACAUGCUGCAGCAGCUGCUGCUGCUUGUAGGAAGAGAAGGCUGGCAGCAGCUCCGCCUCUGCCGCACAGCUCUUCGUAUCAUAGCUGAGGCUGGCUCCGGGAACAUACUGCGUGUGCUGCGGCUGUCUGCUCGGCUCCCCUUUCUGCUGCAAGCUGCGGUGUACAGACACCUCGACGCGCUGCGUCUUGCUGCAGUUGCUGCAGCAGCAGCAGCAGCAGCAGUUGCUGGCAGCAGAAUUCCUAUCAAGCGCCUCGCGGCACUACUGGGCUGCAGCAGCAACGCGGCGCUGCAGCUCUGUAGGCAGCUGCCGCAGCAGCAACAGCAGCAGCAACAGCAGCAGCAGCAGCAGCAGCAGCAAAGCGAACAGGAGCAGCAGCAGCAGCAGCAGGUCGAGUAUGUAAGCUUGUCUCGUCGUGGGGAGAUGCGUUUCGUGUUGGUUCAGCGGACAGGGUCUGACGCUGCUGCUGCUGCAGCAGCAGCAGCAGCAGGAGCAGCAGCAGCAGCAGCAGCUGCUGCUGCUGCUGCAUGUUCUCUAGACUUGCUGCAGUUCGUUCGCAGCCCCUAUAGCGAUGGCUGGCAGCGCAUGCAGCCCCAAAGCGAAACGCUGCUGGCUGCGCCGCGCAGCCGCGCCGAGCUGCGCGAGCUCAUGCUGCAGGGUGUUUGGGUGGGAGAGGGAUACAAAGAGACAGAAAAAAAGAAAAACACAGAGAGGAGACAAAAGGAGACAGAGACAGAGACAGAGACAGAAGGAGACAAAAGGAGACAAGCUGCAACAAACAAACAGCAGCUGUCUCCUCUCACCACCUCUGCUGCUGCUGCUGCUGCUGCUGCAGCUGCUGCUGCAGCAGCUUCUGCUGCUGCUGCUGCUGAAGCAGCAGCAGCAGCAGAAGCAACAGAAGCAGAAGCAGCAACAGCGGCGGCAGCAGCAACAGAAGCAGCAGCAGCAGCAGCAGCAGCAGCAGCAACUGCAGCAGCAGCAGCAGCAGCAGCAGCAGCAACAGCAGCAGCAGCAGCAGCAGCAGCAGCAGCUUACUGCGUUGCUCCUCUGUCUCAAAGAUGCAGCAGCAGCAGCAGCAGCAGCAACAGGAGCAGCAGCAGCAGCAGCGAGACGCAACAGAAGAAGCAGCAGAAAGGAGAUACAGCAGCAGCAGCAGCAGAAGCAGUGCAUAAGCUGCUGUUGCUGCGCAAGAAGACGCAGCAGCAUCAGCAGCAGCAGCGAGACGACAUAGAAGCAACGGCACAGCAGCAGCAACAGCAGAAGCAGCAACAGCAGCAGCAACAAGAGCAGCAGCAGCAACAGCAGCAGCUGCAGCAGCAGCAACAGCAGCAGCAGCAGCAGCAGGGUUUCAGUACGUCUGGGUUGUCUCGGUUUCUAUCGGGGUGA